AUGAUUGCCCUCAAAUUCAUUCAUCCUUCCACUCCUACCAAUAUCAAGUAUAAUAUCCACAGCAGCAGAAUCCUCAACACAAAAGGUUAUACUAUAUGUCUCUGCAAGUCCAAUGAAUCUGAUUCUCAAGCUCCCCAACCAGGAGAUAUACGUAAACAAGAACUGCUAGCACAAAUUGCCAUUCUUCAAACUCAAAAAGUCCGACUCACAAAUUAUCUAGACGAUAGAUCUGCAUAUUUAGCCAAAUUUGGUGAAGAAGCCAAGGCUGAGUUUGACAAGAUUGGAGAAGAUGCCCUCCAAGAAUUAGAUGAAGCUAGUGCCAGAAUAACAGCAAACAUAGAGAGCCAGAAGGUAGAGUUUGAGGAAUCUGCAGAACUCUUCAGACAAGAGAUUAAGGAGCGCGAAAAGGAACUGCAUGAAUUUGAAGUUCAAAUGGAGGAUGGAAGAAACGAAGGGCUAUUCUUUAAGAACCUUAGAAAGAAAGCACCUGUUGACAUAGCAAAAGCUAAAGAGGAGGCGGAAAAAAUAAAAAAUGUAACCCGAGAAAAAGCUGGUAGCAGAACAAGAAAAGGCAUUUACCUCUUCUUUAUUGGCCUUCUUACCUUUGCAAUAGUUGAUUCUAUUGCCUCACCAUCAACUGAUUGGAGGAAGGAAGCAGUUCUUGGAGCUAUUGUUCUGGCUUUAGUUUCUCAGCUCAUCUAUGAACAGUCGAUGUCAUCAGAAACUGGAAAAAUAAGAAAGGCCAAUACUGAAGAGAAAAAGAACUGAAGUUCAAUUUUUUACUGAGAUUGACUGCGAGUUUCUGGGAAAUACAAUUAUUAAAGGAUAUUGCAUGAGCAAUAAACCCAGGUGGAAGCUUAUAACUUGGGCCUGAUAACAUCAUGCAGCUUUGUUUUGGCAUCAACAACAACAGAUAUUGGUAUAUAACUACAAUCACCAAAAUCUGGGUAACUGGGUUACCGUGCGAUGCUUUUCUUUCAUAUCUUUUGUUAAAACAGAAAAACACACUUUUAUCAUCA